ACGAGACACGAGUGUCGAGUAGUAGCAGUCCGGUGACCUCAGCGCACAGACGCACGCUUCGUAAAACAUAACAAAAAUGGCCUCAAUAUCUUUAUCUGAUCCGGCGGUUCGCUCGUACCUGGUGUACUCCGGCGUGCUGUCCUUGAAGGUGCUGGCUAUGGCCUUCCUGACCGCGAAACAACGAUACAAGAAGAAGGUGUUCGCCAACGAGGAGGACGCAAAGUCAGCCAAGGGCGUCGUGAAGCUAAACGAUCCGGACGUGGAGCGAGUCCGCCGGGCGCAUUUGAACGAUUUGGAGAACAUCCCCGCAUUCUGGAUCCUUGGAGCGCUGUACGUGACCACUUCCCCUUCGCCGUGGCUGGCCACGACGCUGUUCAGAGUGUUCACAGCCAGCCGUAUCGUGCACACGAUAGUUUAUGCGGUGAAGCCUCUGCCGCAGCCGGCUAGGGCCCUGGCCUUCAUGUUCCCGAUGGGUAUUAUGUGGUACAUGGGUGUCACGGUGAUUAUGCAUUACGCGAGUGCUUUAUAAAUGUGAUAGACUGAUGUGCAUUUAUUGUAGGCCGGAAUAAGUGAACCUAUUUAUUAUCAUUACUAGAGGUUGUUUGUUGGUGUUAAAUAAAUUAUUU